AUGUCUAACCAACGACCAGGAGUUGAAGAAAAUUUCGAUCCCCAGGGUUACAACUUCAAGAAUUACCUGAAUCAGAACAUUGCUUUCCCCAGCUAGUAACAAACGUUUUCAGAUCUAGAUAACUAGUUCGGCCAAAACACUUUAACUGGCAGAUUCACCCCCGCAAACCAAGCUGAUACCUUCAGGAAUCAAGGUCUACCUCCAAAUAUUCAAGGCUUCGAUCUUAAGUAGCAGUACCACUAGUUAGGAGGGAAUCUCGGUUUGAACACUGCUGCUCUCAGUGGCUAGCAAAAGUAGUUUGAGAGCACGCUUCAAGGCAAGCUAGGUCUGAAGGAUCAAGGCUUAAAUUUGGCAGGGUUAACAAUUGACAGCAGCAAUCAGUAUUCUAAACUUCCCUAACAACAAUAACAACAACCUCAGACCACCACUUCUGCUUAGUUUGAUUAGUUUGGAGUGUAGCAGAAUUAAUACUUAGGAGGAAACUACGGUCUCAAUCAACAGCAACUGCUAUAGCUUGAGCUACUCAAGCUAUAGUAAACUCCAUCAAAUCAAAAUCUGUUAUUGUAAAACACAUUCGCUAACCCAGGAGCAGGGGCGAAUAUGUUUGGAGCUGGAUUCUUAAACGCUGCUUAGCUUCUGGCCAGUGCUUAGUAGCUGCAAACUAAUCCCACGAUGAACAACCAAACAGCCAGUAUAAAUCUUAAUGAGAAACCAUAGUAAUUGCAAGUGACCCCAAACAUCAACUAAAAUAUGAAUUUUAUGAGCAACUUAAACAACAUUUAUUAAAAUCUGAAUCAUUAUCAAAACCUGAUUGACACUAUUGAAAAGGGCAAUGUUCAAUCCAAUGUAGGCUAAAAUCUCUAGCAGUAUGGGAAGAAUUCAAUCUCCUAAUCUAUUCAUCCUAGUUUCAUUAGCUAGAACUACUCAAAUCCUACAUUAUAGUCCUUGAAUCUAAACAGUCAAUAACUAAGUGAUGGACUGGGAUAAUAAAACCAAAGAAUGCCAUUACAAUAAAAUUUACAGAAGUAGAACUAUAUGGACUAAAAUGAUCCAAAUUAAAGUAUGAGUGCCUACAUGAAUAAUCUUGGCCAGGAUACUGACAAUGUCAAGCAAUCUUAUAAUCAGCCUUUUAACUACGAAUAAAAAUCAUAAUCUAGAGAAAGACAGUAUAACCCUAACUAAUACUCCUAGAACAACAAUAAUAAUCAGAACAACAGAAGCUUUAGCUCUGACUACAACUAUGCCAAAACUAUUUCUCAGUCUCAAUAGUAACAACCAAAGAUCCAAAACAUUCAGAAUACUGCUUAGAAGCAUUAGUAUGAGGAGGAAGAGGAGCAGUAUAGGCAGUAUGAUUAGAAGCCUUAGUUUUACCACUAAAAAAGUCCUUCUAGAAAUUAAGGAUUCGGCAAAGGAAGAGAGAAUUAAUCACCCAAAAAUUCAAUUUAUCACAACUCUAACAAUAACGAUAAUUUUAACGUGAAUGAGUCAUUCUAGUACCUAAAUUUAAACAAUCACAAUCAAAAUCAUCAUAAUCAUUUGAAGGUCAGUGGCCAGAAUUCUCCUUAGAGAUCAAGCAAACGUAACUUUGAUGAUGGACUUGGAAGCUAGGAGUUCCUUCAAGGAUCAUUUAGGAAUCAAAAUCACAAUAACUCACAGGGUUCAAUUCUACAAGAAUAGCAUAUGAAUACCUUUUAAAAUAGGACUCAUCAAAGCAAUCAUCAGUAUUCACCACAGAGUUCAUCCUAUAAAAACGAUUUUGAAAAUAGCUCAUAAGGUGGGGGAAACUAUCUUAAAUCAAAUAGGCCCUUGAAUAUUGAUGAUAUGCCUAUUCAUUCCACUAAAGCAAAGACAUUUGAAGAACUUUUAGAGUCAAAUCUGAGAUCUAUGGGCAUGGAUCCAACUCCUUUAGAGGAGGAAUAAAACAGAGAAUAUGAAAAGCCAAAUAGAAAACGCGAAUUCUUGAGAAGGAAAUCAAAAAAACCAGUUGUUGCCCCUCCUACUAAUUCUAAGAAGUACAAUUACUAUGUAGACAACUUUGAUGAAGAUAAAAAGAAGGAUAAAGAUACUAAAGAGGAGGACCAACCACCUACUCGCGCAAUUAAGCAUAAUAAUCAUAAUAGUGAGCAGCAAUAAUAGCCCCCGAGGAACUAGAGCAGAAGAACUGAAUCUGAUCAAAAUCCAUAUAAGGAGAGGGAGGAAAGACCAAUCGGCUUAAAAAAUUAAUAACAGUAGCUUAAUCACGAUUCUGAUAAGCAGUAAGAGCCUAAUAAUUAGCCAGCUCACCACAAUGAUCGCAGUAAUAACGAUCAUGGAAAGCCUAAGAAAAAGUUCUUAGCUAGAGGGUCAGGUACUGCAGGUGGUAGAAAAGGCUAUGAAAAAUCUUUGAAUAGAUAGCAAUAGUAGGAGAAUUAGCAAAAUCAAUAUUAAGAAUAACAACAGCAAGAGAAACAGCCUAAAAAGCAGUCAGGCAAGCCAUCUUAAAACUAGGGAAAUAAAAAGAACUUAAAUCCUUUAAGUGACAAUGAUGAUAACGUCUAUGCCAAUCUAAUUUCAGAAUAAGAUCACAAGAGCCCAAGACCAAACAACACAUACACAACAAGAGACAAGAUCCCAAAUUAAGCUUAGCCCUCAGCUGCUCAUUUGGCUAGAAAUUCAAUAAUGGAAUUUGAAAAAUUAGAGCAGGAGUGCUAUGAUAAAUAUUCACCUAAAGAUGUGGAACAAUACAAGCAAAAGAAAGCUGUGUAAUAGAACAAGAGAAAGAAGAAAUUAUUUGAUGAUUCAGACUCUUAGGGAGAGGAUGAAGGUCAAGAGGAGCAACAUGAUAAUGCUAAUGCUGCUAACGACAGAGAGAGUGGAGAAAAUGAGACUGAUAUUAAUCAAUAAAAGAAAUUCCAUUCUAGCAAUCCAAGAGAUAGCUCCACCAAUAGAAAUCAGUAAUAAAAUAUGGAGGAAGCUCCAAAGUCGAAUGUAGUUAAAAAGUUCUUUAUGAAAGAAGACUCUAAGUAAGCAAACUCAAAACCAUAAUAAAAUACUGUUAACUCUACAGCAGCUCCAGGUGUAUCAGAAGAGAUGGAACGCAUGGUAUAGCUUAAGGUUGACUAGCUGAAUAAGGCAAUGGAGAAGUUCAAUCAAGAAUCAGAUUUCCACAAUAAAAAACGGUUAGAGUAUGAGAAGCUAAUCUAGAAAGCUUAAGUAGAAAAGAGAGAAUUCGAGUCCUUGAAGAAAAAAGCACUAGAUGAAGUAGAGCGAAUAAAGAUAGAUGAGAUAGAGAAAAUUAAGAAGGAAAAGAAGGCUUUGGAGCAGAGAUCCAAAAACCUUCAACUAGUGGGAAGUUCAAAUAAGAAGGAAAGGGAGGAGAUAGAUGCUCUAAAGAAAGAACUCUAAAAAGUAGUAGAGGAGUCUAAGGCUAAGGAGUAAAAGUAAAAGAUGACCAUUGACAGACUUAAGAAGCAGGUAGAUGACCUAACUCUGAGGAAUAAGGAGUUAAGUGAUGAGCUAAGGCAUCAUGAGCAGGUGAGAUUGCAAGGAUUAAAUGCUAAUCCAGGUGCUGCCUCUUAAGGGAAUAAGAGUCAAUCGUAACUAAAGCAACCAUCCUCACUUUAAAACCCAAGAUAUACAUUCAACUCCAAUGAUUAAUAAUAGACAUAAUAAUAACAAUAGCCAAAAGGAAUUUUAAAGAAUAAACAUGAAGCUUAAAGAAAUGCCAUUACAAGCACUAAUACCAAUAGCAAUUAUCAGAAUACAGAUUAGGAUUAGGACUACUAGGAAAGUGAGGAAGUAGAUGACAGGCAGCCAAGUAUUCAUGAUGAGAGCGAUGACAACCAGCAAUAUGUAGAUGAAGUUGAUGACCCAGCCUAUGAUUAGCAGAGACAGCAAAUUAUGAAUAAAAAAACCUCCAAAAAUGAUCUAAAUACUCUUGCUUAGCAAUAGCAACAGCAGUAACAAUAAAAUGUCUUCAAGCAAUAAAAGGAGCAGCAGAUUUAAUAGCAGUAGCAGCUGUUGAUGCAAUAAUAAAAAUAACUUCAGUUAUAACAAUAGCAGCAACAGGUGGCCGAGCAAUAAAGGCAGUAGUAGUAACUGGCUGAACAAAAAAGACAAUAAUAGGCUGCUGAGGAGGAAGCCAAAGCAAGAGCUGCAGCAUAGUAAAAGGCUGAGGAGGCACAGAACUAGGAAGCAAACGAAGAGGAAGAUGAAGACUAUGACAUGAAGUUCCCACCUGAGUAUCACAAUAAGACCCCUUAAAACAUGAAAGUCAUUGAAUAGAUCAUUGGUAAUGAUGGAAAGAUUCAAAGACUAUACGAGAAUGGCAAGAAGGAAGUUAUAUUCAACAACGGAGUAAAAAGAGAAGUGUUCCCAGAUGGUUACACUAUAGUGUACUUUAACAAUAAUGAUAUCAAAUAAACUUAUGCCGACUAAAAAGUAGUGUACUACUUCGCUGAAGCAAAGACUACUCAGUCAACUUACCCUGAUGGCCUAUAAGUGUUCAAGUUCGCUAAUAAUCAAGUUGAGAAACACUUCCCAGAUGGAACUAAAGAGAUAGUGUAAGUUACUCAAAAAUAUUAUCUUAUAAAUUUUUAUAGUUUCCCAGACGGUACAAUAAAAUGCAUAUUUGCUGAUGGCGAGGAGGAGAGUAUAUUCCCCGAUGGAACAAUAUAAAGAAUAGAAAAGAAUGGUGUCAAAGCCAUUGAAUUUGCAAAUGGCUAAAAAGAUAUCCUAUUUCCUGAUGGUACAAGGAUACGGGAAUUUCCAGAUGGUAAAGUCAGAAAGACCUACCCAGAUGGAACAUUUGAAAACACCUACAGAUAAUGA